AUAUUAAUAAUUUAUACCUAACAAUUCUUAAGGUAGUUUAUCUUUAAGGCAAUCUUCUAAUUUGGUAAUAAAAUAUUCUCUAAACCAAACAUCCUUAAUGUAACCCUUUCUUCCUCCAAACUUUAAAUCCACUCACCUCAUCUCUCAUCAAAAUAACUUUCAUCACUAUAAUUGGAGCAAAAUGAUGGAAAAAACUAUCGAAAAUCAUGUUAAUGUCUCCUUUAAGGUUGCGACAACUUUUUUGAACAUAAGCAGGCUUGAUGUUUGGUGUUGGCUUGUUAGUGUCCUUCUAUUGAUGGUUAAAUUGGUUGUUGAUAGUUGUGGUUGUAAACAGAAAUAAGAGUUAUAGGUUUAUGGAAGGUCAAGUAAUCAAGUUUAGGAUUUGAAAUUACUCGUGAUAAGAGGAAAUCAUGUGCAAUUGCAAAGUGUAAGGGUGAACUUGUGAAAUUAGAUUUUUUGUCUUCGAGUAUUGUUUUUUAUAUUAUAAUAAAACAACCUAGUAUUGUUAUAUAAGUUUAUUAAAAAAAAUAAAAUGGUACCCGGUCAGGUACAUGGUCGAGUAUCCUUAAUACGAUUUUAAACUUAAUUAUCGGGUCAAUUUUAUUUUUGAAAGAGGUGAAACUGAAAGAAUUUAGAUCGAACCAUCUAAUCAUUCUUCCUAUUUCUUUUGUUUGGCCCUAAAAAUUAGCAAUAGUUAGAAUUAUUGCAUGUUUUGAUAUUACAAUUAAAACAAAAAUAAUGAGACAAACAUACCUAUUUUCUACAAGGACCAAGAUCAUGGCUGCUAUUAUAGGGACAAUCACUCAAAUUCUACAGCUUGCAGGGCCUCAGUUAUGCGGAUAUGUUCAGUAUUAUAGGAAGCUUAAUAAGAAUAUGGAAAUUCUCAAAAGAAGAUUGACGGAUUUAAAUAGUCGAAAAGAAGAUAUUGAACUAAGGUUGAAAACAGAGUGUCGUACGAGGAAAUUACCUAAAGCUGAAGUCAAUAAUUGGUUGAAAAAUACACAAAGGAUAAAUAAUGAAGUAGAAGAUUUUGAGAGACAAGUUAAAAAGGGGAAAUGCUUGUCACAUAUACGUUUGGGGAAGGUUGUUGUCGAAAAGAUUGAAGAAGUGAAAGAACAUUACCAGAAUGGUGCAUUUGAGAGCUAUGUAAUUGAUUCACCUCCAGCUCCUGGAGUGAUACUACCAACAACACCAUUAGUAGGUGAGAUAACUGCAAAGAAAGCCACGAAUGAGGUUUGGGAAUUUCUGAUGGGUCAUGAGGUGACAAAGAUAGGCGUUUGCGGGAUGGGAGGAGUUGGUAAAACAACUAUCAUAACUCAUGUCAACAACAAACUCCUCAAGGAGACGGACAAGUUUGAAAAUGUGAUUUGGGUCACUGUAUCUCAGCCACUUGAUCUUAUGAAAUUGCAGGAUGAAAUUGCUACUGCAUUGGGAGAAGAUCUUCCUAAAAAUGAAGAGAUAGGGAAACGAGCUGGAAACUUGUUUAAAAUGUUGGAAGGAAAAAAGAUUGUGUUGAUAUUAGAUGAUAUGUGGGAGACAUUACAGCUUGAGAAAGUGGGAAUUCCUGAACCUACAAAAGAAAAUGGAUGCAAAUUGGUGAUAACAACUCGUUCACAAGAUGUAUGUUGUUCCAUGGGUUGCAAAAUAGUCCAGGUGAUACCUCUCUUAAAGGACGAGGCAUUGAAGUUAUUUGUUGAUACGGUGGGAUCUAAUAUUUUGGAAAUUCCAACUUUAAAAGACUAUGUGAAACCUAUGGUAGAACAUUGUGCUGGUUUACCUCUAGCAAUCGUCACAGUAGCUAGUUGUAUGAGGGGACAAUAUGACGUUUGUGAAUGGAGGAAUGCAUUGGAAGAAUUAUCUAAAAGCAUACAGUGUGUCAAAGGCAUGGAAACAAAUGUGCCGAGGCAAUUACAAUUCAGUUAUGAUCGUCUAAAGAGUAAAAAACUGCAACAUUGUUUCUUAUAUUGUGCACUCUAUCCAGAAGACUUCAAAAUCCCAAAAGAGGAGUUGAUAGUUUAUUGGAUUGCGGAAGGACUAGUAGAUAAAAGGGGUAGUAUACAAGCAACAAAUGAUGAGGGUUAUUCUAUAUUGAAUAGACUUGUAAACAAUUGUUUGUUGGAGAUUGCAAAUGAUGGAAAGUGCGUAAAAAUGCAUGAUCUUGUAAGAGACAUGGCAUUGCAGAUUACAAGCAAAAAUCCUCUGUUCAUGAUAAAACCCAGAAAGAGAUUGAGAAAAUUACCAAGGGAACAAGAAUGGGAAGAGAAUCUUGAGAGGGUUUCUUUAAUGAGGAAUUACAUAUCAAAAAUUCCUUCAAAUUUGUCCCCAAAUUGUCAAGCUCUUUCCACUUUGUUGCUACAAGGAAACCCCUUAAAAGAUAUUCCUGAAGUGUUCUUUGUAAACAUGCCUAGUUUGAAGAUUCUUGAUCUUUCUUACACACAGAUUAAGAAGUUACCAAAAUCCAUCUCCAACUUGAAGAAUCUCACAGCGUUGUUGCUUAAUCAUUGCGAACAAUUAAGUGAGGUUCCUUCCUUAAAGAAGCUUUCGGCACUGGAAAAUUUGGACCUUGGGUUUACAAGCAUACCUGGUUUGCCGGAAGGUAUUGCAAGAUUGACAAACCUUAGAAGUCUUAAUCUUUUUCUAUUUGCACCAGUUGUGUUGCCAACUGCAAUGCAUCGUACACACAGGCAACUCCGAAAAUUGACAAUAUAUUACGGAUCAAUGAAUUCCGAACCAGUGUUAACAUCAGAAGAGGCAAUUAUAUUCAAUCGACUGGAUUCUUUUGAAGCGUCCUUUGUUAGUGUUUAUAACUUCAACACGUAUGUCCAAUCCUUGGUUGGUCAGACACCAAAACGUUACCAUCUCGUGGGGGGAUCUGGUUUCCCUUUAACAAGCGCACACUAUGAUUUUAAGUCCACGUUUGCGCAACCCUUAGAAGAUGAAAAUAAAUUUGUAGCGUUAUUUAUAGUUGGUAAAGGAGAAGAUUCGGUUAUGCUCCCAACAGACGUUCAACGUCUACAUUUACGAUGUUGUCCCGGAAUAAGUGAUAUUGAUGAUCUAAUGAGAGGCAAUUAUCCCGAUCUUAAAUUUCUUUUCUUGCAGAAUUGUCAGGAUUUAAAGAAGUUGGUCUCACCAAAGUUUUUGUCGGCUCUACAAAACUUGGAAGUGAUUGAGGUUGAGGGCUGUCAUAAAAUGGAGGAGAUGAUAGCAGACGAUGAUGAUGAAAAGGAACAAGGAAGCAGUGGUAGCACCAUAUUCGCUCUUCCUAAAUUGAGAGUAAUGAGUCUGAAAUCCCUUAGAAAUUUGAAAAGGAUUUGUGGUGGUAAUGGAAUACUGGUUUGUGAAUCUCUCCGACAAAUUCAUGUAUAUUGGUGUCCAAAAUUGGAGAGGUUCCCUGUGCCUCUUCCCUUGCCUGCAAUUAAAGAAAUCGGGCUACAGAAACACUGGUGGGAAUCAUUGGAGUGGGACGAUCCCAAUGCAAAAGCUUUCCUACGACCCUUCUGUAAGUUCCUCCGGAUGACCCAGCGUCAAAUCAUGAUGGGAAGACUAUGAGUGGAAGGCUACCAUGUGGAAGUAUGGAUUUAUUAUCUUCCUCGCCCUGUAAAUGAUAAUGGCAUCAAGAGUUAUUAUUUGAUUGAAAAUAUAUUAAUGUAUAAUCACAUACUAACAUAUUAUUAUUUAUGUACCUAUUUAUAUAUUCAAAUGUGUAUAUUCAUUUCUGUUAUAGUUGUUUGUGAUUUGAUAAAAUCAGAGUAUGAAGUGUAUUGAUUCAUUUCACCGUUUAAUUUGAUAAUCAUGACAUGCCAUUCAAUUGUUCAA